CAUCAACUGAUGAUCAUGUAAAAAAGAAGAAUAAGAAGAAGAAGAAAUAUAUUAUUCCAUCUUCUCAUCUGAUCUAUAUUUGCAGCAGCUCUGCAUAUUAAUUACCAUACCAGCCAUAAUGAAGAUCUUUAAUUGGAUUCAUGGAAAGAUUCAUGGGAAGCAACCAGUCGUCGUCAACAAACCACAUCCAAAUAAUACCACUCCAUAUACGGCGAAAGAAGAGUUCAGCGACUGGCCGAACAGUCUGCUGGCGAUCGGGACGUUUGGGAAUAACAAGAAUCAGCUCAGAGCUACAGAAGCUUCUUCUCCUGACUGCGGCGGCGGCGAUGGAGACCGGCGGCUAACGGGGGAAGAAGUCGGGGAGCUAAAGAAAGAGCUGAAGCUGCUGAUGCACAAACACUCGGUGCGGGAAAAUGGCGGCUUGGAGAAGUUUUUCGAUUGUCUGGACGACAUUGAAGAGGAGGGGAUCGUGACGUCGCCGGAGGACGAGGAUGUCCUGUGCGGCGGCGGUCGGACGGCGGCGAAAACAGAGAGCUCUCUGUCCUCGUCGUCAUCUAUAAUCACCAGAAAGUCGCUGUCUUUCCUAUUCAAGAAGGCCAUUCUCUGCCGCGGCGGCUUUAUCCCGCCUCCGGCGCCGUCUCUGCCGCUUCCGUCGGAUCUUUUCCCGGCGGACGGCGCCAGAUCGGAGAAGUCAAGAAUGGACCGGAUUCUGAAGUCGAUUCUGAACAAGAAAAUAUAUCCGCAGGGGGCGGCGAAUCCGAGGACGUCGACGAAGAAGUACCAGCUGGAGGAUAAUAAUUUAUAUUUAUGUGAGAAUUAUUCAGAGAGCGAAGAUGAAGAAGAUGACGAAGAUGAAGAAGAUGGUGAAGGAGUUGGGAAGGCGGGUGGUGAACAGGGGAGGAGCAAAUGGGUGAAAACUGAUUCUGACUUCAUUGUUCUGGAGAUAUGAAAUUUUCCUCAUUAAUUCGGCCACUGCCUUCUGAGAUUCUAAGGUGAAAACAUGCAUGUGUUAAGUAAAGAAGCCGAGAAAAGGAUGGCAUAAUAUGACACUGGGUUGAUCAAAGGGGCCAGUCAAGUGAACAUCAAAGAUAUGGGUGUUAGAUCCAUAAUUUGACCAUAUCUCAUUUACCAAGUGGUUAUAUUUUCGUCUCAUAGAAUUAAUCCAAAGAGAUUAAUCAUGUUUCUGGUGUUAAAUAUCAAUAAUCUUUCUUACUUUUU